AUGAGUGCUGCCUUUGCAAGGAGUGCUGCCUUCGCACGGAGUGCAGCCUUGGCAUGGAGUGCUGCUUAUGCUCAGAGUGCUGCCUUCGCAAGGAGUGCAGUCUUCACAAGGAGUGCUGCCUUCGCAAGGAGUGCUGCCUUCGCAAGGAGUGCUGCCUUUGCACAGAGUGCUGCUAUUGCAGGUAGUGCUGCCUUUGCACAAAGUGCUGCCUCCGCAAGAAGUGCUGAUUUUGCAUGGACUGUUGCCUUCGCAAGGAGUGCUGCCUUUGCAACGAUUGCUGCCAUCGCAAGGAGUGCUGCCUUUGCUAGGAGUGCUGCCUUCGCUAGGAGUGCUGCCUUCGCAGGGAGUGCUGCCUACGCAGGGAGUGCUGCCAUCGCAAGGAGAGCUGCCUUCACAAGGAGUGCUGCCUUCGCAAGGAGUGCUGCCUUCCCAAGGAGUGCUGCUUUCGCUCGGAGUGCAGCCUUCGCACAUAGUGCUGCCUUCACACGGAGUGCUUCCUUCGACAGUGUGCUGCCUUCGCAAGGAGGGCUGCCUUCGCAGGGAGUGCUGCCUACGCAGGGAGUGCUGCCUUCGCAAGGAGUGCUGCCUUCGCGAGGAGUGCUGCCUUCGCAAGGAGUGCUGCCUUCGCAAGGAGUGCUGCCUUCACAAGGAGUGCUGCCUUCGCAAUGA